AUGGACAAACUCGCGUCUUUCGUACUUGCGAGCCUGCUGUUAGGAGCCCAAUCUGCUCUUGCCAUUCCUACCGAGGCCACUACCAAAGCGUGCAAAGAUAUCAAUAACGCUCUCCCUGGCAAAGUCUUGACCCCUGGGCUUCUCAAACUUGAAUAUGAGCAUGAGACGCAGCAAUACUGGGCUACAAAUCUCCGUGAAGUCGAUCCUGCAUGUAUUGUUCAGCCAGAGUCUGCUCAGGAUAUAUCCAUCGCUAUCAAGAUCCUGAACAAGUACCCUACUGUUAAGCUUGCAACUCGAAGUGGAGGGCACGACCCAAACACGAAUCAUGCUGCUGUUCAAGACGGCGUUCUCAUCACUAUGACCAGUCUAGUUGGAGCGACGUACGAUGCAGCAGAGGACGUUGCCUAUGUUCGCCCCGGUGGUGAGUGGAACGAUGUUAUUGGUGAUCUAGAAAAGAGUGGAGUGGCUAUUGCUGGAGGAAGGCUUGGUCUCGUUGGUGUCGGCGGAUUGCUUUUGGGUGGAGGUUUAUCGUUCCUUGGCGCUCAAGAAGGCCUCGCUGCUGAUAACAUCGUCGAAUGGGAGACCGUCAUGGCCAACGGAUCCAUUGUUAACGUCAACGCUGCGAAACAUCCCGAUCUUGCGCAAGCCAUGCGUGGUUCCGGAAGCCAAUUUGGUAUUGUUACCCAGUUCAAGGCCAAGGUCCAUCACAUGGGUGACGUAUGGGGCGGUUCUUGCAUAUAUGACGAGUCAAAAUCCGAAGCACUUUACGUUGCUUUGCACAACUUCAUAGCCCACGGUGCCGAAGACCCCAAGGCCGCCAUUAUCUUUUCGGACCUUGUGCUCGCAGCCGGGCUCAAGACGAAACUUGUCUUCUACUUUUACGACAGCCCCACGCCGCCUACAUCGGGCCCUUUUGCCGACUUCUUCAAGAUCCUUAACCCGCUAUGUCUGCCCAAGAAACAAAAGUACUCUGAGCUGCUGAGGGCGAACGGCGAACCCGUCCGACUUUUGAACUCCCGUUCAUUCUUCCGAACUUACACCGUUCCAUAUAUCCCAUCCCGUCCCCAGAUGUACAGGGAGAUUCGUGAUAAGCUCGCUGAGCUCACUGGUGUCUUCCUCAACACACUCCCCGUCGUUCGCGCCGUCCAGUUCAGCGUUGACUUCCAGCCACUUCCGUCUCGCUUUGGCAAGAUUUCCGAAUCCAAGGGCGGAAACGCCAUGGGUCUUUCAUCUUCCGACCCUGACCGCAUUAUCCUUAUUUACCAAGGCGCCUGGAACUUGCCCACGGACGAUCCUCUUGCUUUCGGUAUCGCCAGAGAGCUGACGGCUUGGUUGGACAAGGUUGUGCCUCAAUGGAUAGCAGAGGCGGGAAUGCCAAGCGACAUGUACAUGCCGUUAUUCCUCAACGAUGCUAUGUGGGAUCAACCAGUCAUGCAGAGUUACAAGGAUUAUGAAAAGUUCAAGACAUUGCAGAAGAGUGUAGACCCGAACGGACUGUGGAGUACUAGGGCAGGUGGCUUCAAGUACUAG